UGGUGAAGCUGAAAAAGAGGCGGACAGACGGACGCAGCCGCUCCGUCCGCACAAUGAUCAGCAGCCUCCUUAAGUCUAGCUUUUAUCCUACAGAAGACAACCGUUUGUUGUUGCUUUUAUUAAAUUAGGGCAGGUUUUCGGCCAACGUAGAGCGGCGGUGUAUUGUGUAGCCGUGAUAAAUUAGAAGAGAACUCAAAAGAGCGAGGAUGUUGGUCCCCGCGGGAAGAUAAUGAAGAGGCUGCGCGUUUUGUUGGUGUGCCUCGUUGUAGCUCUCCUGUGCUGGUACCCCAGUCAACAUGUGUAUUGUUCAGAGCGUAGCUUGUCUGGCCGAGGUCAGUCUGUCCAGGACAAAGACCCGGACAGCGGCGAGCAGGAGCAGGACUCCACUCAAAACACGGUGGUGGAAGAAUGGACGACACACACAUCAUACGAUAUGGGAUUAGAGACAGAGAGAGCAGCGCUGGAGAAGCUAGCAAAACACAACCUACACUAUGAACAGACUGUGAAUCCACAGGAGGCUGAGGUGGAAGAGACAAAGCCAGACUCCGAGUCUGAUACUGUACCUGUAGCUCCUGAGCCAGAAGCUACCCCCGACCCCCAGGAUGACUUGGACCUGCAGACCCGCACCCAGGACCAAGACCCCGAAGCCCCAGGGUCCCCAACUCCGGAAAGAGUUCCGGCACAGGGCCAAGCGUCCACAGAUGCUCCGGCCCCAGUAGACGCCUCGACUGAUGCCCAAGCUGCAAACCCCGGCCCGGACCCGAACCCGAACCCAGCCACAUCCCCUGAUGAAGCUGAAAACACACCUACCUCACAGAGCGCUGGCACGACCCACACAGGUGCAGUGUGGGUUGCCAGUGCAGGAGAUGAACUCCCAGUAGACAGCUUUGUCUUUGCUGAGCACUCUGAUUCACAGUGCAGGGUCAUUCCCCCCGAACUGGCAACCUGUGAGCCCCCCCCUUUUGGCAGCCCUCUCCUCAGUGCGGAUGAAGCUGGGACGGACGACCAGCGGCCAGACCAGACUCACACCAGUUCUGGGCCUGAAGCAGAAGCUCAGUCCACUCCAGGGCUUUUAGAUCAGGAGCCACAGCAGCAGCAGCAGCAGCAGCAGCAGCAGCAGCAGGACCUGGAAGAUGGGCUGUUGGAUUUGGACCGGGAAGGCAACGCCUCCCAGCACCACCGCCAGGAACAGCAGACGGGGGAGGCUAAUACCGGGAGGGAGACCGAUCCCUCGGUGCCCAGCAAAGAGGACAUCCCUACCUUUGAUGAGUGGAAGAAGCAAGUCAUGGAGGUGGAGAAGGAGAAAAGUCAGUCUCUCCACACCUCCACCAGUGGCAGUCCCCAUCCGGUGAAGAAGGUCCAGAAAAACUUUAAGAAUAACUACGCCUCUGUGGAAUGUGGUGCCAAGAUACUCUCUGCCAACAACGAGGCCAAGAGCACUUCAGCUAUCCUCAUGGAGAAUAUGGAUCUUUACAUGCUGAAUCCCUGCAGCAACAAGAUCUGGUUUGUAAUAGAGCUCUGUGAGCCUAUUCAAGUGAAACAGUUGGACAUCGCAAACUUUGAGCUCUUCUCAUCCACACCUAAAGACUUCCUAGUAUCCAUCAGUGACAGGUAUCCCACCAACAAGUGGGUGAAGCUGGGGACUUUCCACGCCCGCGACGAGCGGAUAGUCCAGAGUUUCCCACUGGAUGAGCAGCUUUAUGCUAAAUAUGUGAAGAUGUUCAUCAAGUACAUAAAGGUUGAACUCCUCUCUCACUUUGGAUCAGAGCACUUCUGCCCCCUCAGUCUUAUCAGGGUGUUUGGGACCAGCAUGGUGGAGGAGUAUGAGGAGAUUGCAGAUUCUCAGUACCCUUCAGAGAGACUGGAGUACUUGGAUGAGGACUAUGACUAUCCUCCAGGCUACCAACCAUCUGAGGACAAGGCCUCUAAAAACCUGCUUGGUUCAGCAACCAAUGCCAUCCUAAAUAUGGUAAACAAUAUUGCCGCUAACGUGCUCGGCGGCAAGCCAGAGAUGGAGGAUGGAGCGGAGACGGAAGGUAAUACUACGGCUGAGGAUCAGAAGGGGAGCAUACAAGUUACAGCCAAGUCAUCUGAAGCCCCUCAAGACUCUGCAGUAUUGGAGUCUGAAAAGACGGAACCACCCCCAACCGAGGAGGACUCCAAGGCCUCCGGUGACUCGUCCUCAACUUCUCCCACAUUAAGCGACUCUCGUGAGGACAGACGGAUUGUCACCCUGGUGGAGGAGGAGGAGGAGGAGGACCAAGAGCCCAGACAGUCGACCGUCACGCUGAUGGAGGAGGAGGGAGAGGAGGAGGAGGAGAAGAGGGGGGAGGAGGCGAGGAAGGAGGCGGACAGGAACCAGUGGGAGAGCCAGGCGUACUGUCCGUUCUCCUCCUUCUCCUCCCUGUCUCUGUCCUGCAUGGCCACCCUGCCCGAGCUGCUCCAUCGCUGGUGCUCCGCCAGGCUGGCUAAGGAGAGGCUGCGCAGCCUCAAGAGGAGGCAGCUCAGCGCGCAAACGCAGACUCGCCCCGCUGUGGUUAUUCCCGCCCUCGCGCACGCCCCUCCGCUGAUCCCCGUCCCCACUCCUCCCCAGGAAGCCCUCCCUCUCACAGAAAAACCCCCAGAGCCCGAGGUGUCCGUCAAGGGCCAAACCGAGAGCAAACCUUCAGACGACGGGCACGCGGCUGACGCACAUUUGAACGCCCACGCGCCUGACGCACACACUCCAGAGCUCAGCAUCCUCCUGGAGCCUAGUAGGACCUCCAGCAUCCCCCCUCAUAGCUUCUCAGACAUCCACAGCUCCAUGACGCAGCCCACGCCAAUGCACGAGGAGAAGCUGCUGCCUCCGGUUAAAGAUGCAGCCCUGGACUCGGUUCCUACUCCACCCCUCCACGUCGUUUCCAUCCCAAUGACGCAACAGGCCAGCAGCGCCACCCCGUCUCUUUCCCUCAGCUCUCCCCCUCAGCCUCUGUCCUCUGAGACGGCCUCUCCCGGCGCCGUGGUCCCCCCCGUCAAAGAGCAGCCCGUUCAGCCUCUCCCCACCGCAUCAAGGCCGGAGGAGCUCAUCCCCCUUCCCACCGAACUGCCGGCAGCUGUCCCGCCGACCGACGCUCACGCUGACACGGCUAAGUCGGGCUCAGACGGCGGGGACUCGCAGAGACAAACCGUUCAGGCUUCGCAGAUGCACGGGGAGCAGGGGGACGCCCUCUCUCAGACCGGGGAGCAACAGCGGGUGGAAGACACGGUGGAAGAGGACCUGUUGGCCGCCAACGGGAACGGCAACGCCCAGCGGACGGCUACAGACUUCUACGCAGAGCUGCAGAACGGAGGAGAUUACAACGGCGGGGCCGUGAAUGGGAACGGCAUGUUACUGAACGGAGGAGCGGUGCACGGGUCCAGCCAGAAGGAGAGCGUGUUCAUGAGGCUGAACAACAGGAUCAAGGCUCUGGAGAUGAACAUGAGUCUGUCCAGCAGAUACCUGGAGGAGCUCAGCCAGAGAUACCGUAAACAGAUGGAAGAGAUGCAAAGGGCGUUCAAUAAGACCAUCAUCAAACUGCAGAACACUUCCCGCAUAGCUGAGGAGCAGGACCAGAAACAGACUGAUUCCAUCCAGGUCCUGCAGAGCCAGCUGGAGAACGUCACUAAACUGAUGCUCAAUCUCACGGCUACAGUGGGCCAGCUGCAGAGAGAGGUAUCUGACCGUCAGAGCUACCUGGUGGUCUCUCUGGUUCUCUGUCUGUCUCUGGGACUCCUGCUGUGUCUGCAGUGCUGCCGCAGCUCUUCUCCCAGCCCCAGCACCAGCACCGCUGUCCUUCCCAAGAGCAACCACUACCCCAGCCCCAAGAGAUGCUUUUCCUCCUACGAUGAUAUGAGCCUAAAGCGCAGGGUGACCUGCCCGCUAGUUCGCUCCAAGUCCUUCCACCUUUCCUCUACAGAAGUAGGUCCAGAUGACUUGUACAUUGUAGAACCUCUAAGGUUUUCUCCAGAGAAAAAGAAAAAGCGCUGCAAGACAAAGUCGCUGGACAAGGUUGAGACUCUGCAGGCGUUCGAUCCGUCGGCGCCGCUCACCAACGGGGAUCCCAGGUGUAACGGCUUUCACCCAGCUCUCCCCGCGCCAGCCCCCCCGUCUCUUCCUAUUCCUCUUCCUCCUCCUCCUCCUCCUCCUCCUCCUCCUCCCCCCCUUCUGCCUCCCCUUCCACCUGCAGCGAAGGUGUCGGCGUUGCCCGCCUGCACCUCCAAGGAGUUCCCCUCAGAGACCAGCAGCUGCAGCUCGUCCACCCAUUCUGAGGAGUCUUACACUAGCCGCCUCCCCCCUCCCUCCCCCGUCUUCCCCUCCGCCGGCAUGUGCAACGGCCACGGCCUCCCUUUCCCCCUCGGCCAGCCUCCCGUGAAGUCCCGGCAGGAGAAGCGCUCGGUGAAGCGGCGGAGGUCUCGGCAGACGGAGCUGCAGUUCGCCCACGUGCCAGGAGGGGGCGUCGGCUCUCUGUCCAGCCUGCAGCAGCUCAUGAAGGGAAACAAGGAGAUGAGCGUGGGGACCAUAGGGGUGGCAGCCGUCACCGGACAUGUCUGAAUGCUCACGCUUCACUUUGUGUUCACAACCACACACACACAUUCACACACACUUACACACUAUAUGGUAGCAGACUCGUGUGAGGAGGUCUUACCACAUCCCAAAGAACCACAUUUCCCAUGAGCACCGAGGCGCACCGUGGAACUGAAGUGGCUAUGGCAGCAGUAGCUCGACGUCACCCAGUCCUCACCCACUCCUGUCAAAGACCUGUUUACGGUUAUGUGCCUUUAUAGCUGUUCUAUGAAAUUCUACGAGAUUGAAAGAAUCGAUGUGCACAGAGAAACGCUGUGGCGGAGAGUAGAACAUCAGUACAAGCUGAAUCCAUCGAGAUGGGUUUUCUACUGGAUAAGCACAUCGACAGUUGAGUUUAGCACCAGUGAUGUUGUUUUUUUUUUGUUUUUGUUUUUUCCCCCGCGCUCUGAGCACAGUACAAGGAGAGCAGCUGGCCUCAACUCUACGUUCCUUCAACAAGUAUUAGGCUGCUCUUUAGAAUGAAACGUGUCGUUACGAGAGGACUGUGGAGCAUGACAACUUUCUUCUCUUAUCCUUAUUUUCUUCUGUCUUCCAUUGCUGUCGUUUAACCGUAUCCAUCCUGUCCAAGUCCUGAAGUGACUGCAGGUGUUUGUUAGGGACCAGAGUGUUAAACUGUCCUCGUGCAUCCCUCCCUCCCUGAUUUGUCUGUCUCCGUCUGCCUGGUCCGAGCCAACCGUCAGGGCUGAAUGACGAAAUUUAAGUUUGGACGGCGUUAGCCGUUUUAGUUUAGCGUCUCGUUCGUCCUCGCGACGCAAAUCCAGAAGCAGCAGCAGCAGCAGCCUGAGGAUCCUAGCGGUUCUCCAUAAGUAUUCACCGUUCUCUGUUGGUUUGGGCUGGGCCCAGAGCGCCUCUCGCACACCACGAAGAGAAGCGACGCAAUAUCGCGAUGGAUCUCGUGACCGUGUUUGUUUUCCGACUCCAUCGUUUAUUCAUCAUUUCUUUCAUCCUAAAACUGAGCCAUGUUCUUCUUUUAAUCUCCUCUAGUUUGGUCUGUUUGAGUUAUCGUCACAGCUGGUAUGUACAGUACAGUGUAGCAUGGGAGCACACAGGGAAGCAGAGCUGAAUGUUUACGCGCACGCACACACACACACACACACACACACACACACACACACACAUCUACUGGGACCCUGCAGAUGAGUCUGACCGAUCAGUUUUAUUUAUCUAUUUAUUUAUUUAAAUGAUGAGAUUUUUCUAAAGAUAGGCACUGCUUUGCCAGUCUCCCCGGUCUGCAGCGUCACAGUAGCUCAUCCAUGCGAGUAUGAUGUACAGAGAUAUUAUUCAGUGGUACUGACAUGCACAGUCCUGGCGGACGGCUCCGCCUCAUAUUUUAUUUCUAUGAACUUUUUAAAUGCUUUUGACCUCGGCCUGAAGCAUCAGACAGAUGUAGGCUUCACGUUUUAUGUCCAGCAGACUACUAGACGUUUAUUUGGGAUCCUCACGCUGCUGCUGCUGCUGCUGCUGCUGCUGCUGUGUCAGUCGAGAGCCGCUGGGAAGGUAGAAGCAGAGGAAAGGGCUAAACUUAGCGUCGGCUACUGUCCUGUAACUGUUUGUCGUUUCGUAACUGACCAACAGCAACAUUCACUUUAAACGCUGUGAUGUGAAAGGGGUGGAGGGGUGUGUGUCUUUUGUCUGCUUUUAAAAGGGGAAAUGUGUGUUUUUUCUUGUGUUUGUUGGUUUCUGACUGGCUCUGUGCGGUUGGUCUUGGCCAUGAGUUGACAGAGACAGACCUUUAUUCUCCCGCCAUUAGAGCACCAUCGCCUCUUCUGAUCCUGCUCCUCCUCCUCCUCCUCAUCUACAUAUCGCCACUGCACGACUCCCUCUGUGACUGUGGAGCACACUUUAAAUAUUUCUGCUUUUAUGAACCACUCCACCGUGCUCCCGUCGGGAGCUCGACGCGCUUUGUCACACUACAUGUCUGCGUUCCCGACUCGCUGAUCUUUCACUAUCACUCUACGCUUCCACAGUCUUUCUUCGCUUGUCAUUGACUCCAUAUGUUCGUCCCGCCUUGAACGGCAGUGACGCAUUUGUCUUGGGGAAACGAACUGUUGCAGGAAAAAGGGAACGGAGGAAAGACGAGUCUGAUUUGGAACACUAUUAACGUCUUUAUGUAUUUUUCCACGAGCCCAGCAAAUCCCGAGUUUUUUUUUUUUUUUUUAAACCCUCUUUGAAUGUGUAUGAUGUUAUGUUUGAGUGUGUAAACCUGUACGCAUGUGAGAUUAUUUUGUUUUAUCAUCAGAAAGACUACUUUGAAUCUUCUUCUCCCUACAGCAAACGAGGAGAAGGCAUUUGGAGAGAAACUGCUCAAGUGUGCACUUUGUACGACUCCUCACGCCUUUUAGUUUUUCUACCUGUUAUGUCAAGUGCUGUCUCUUCUUCCUUUCUCUCCUUUCCUCUCUUUCUCUCUGCAAGUACUUGGAAGAGCUGCACAGUAUUUUUGAGCGAGAUUGAGAUACUACAGUUCCUGUAGUGCCAUUAGAAACUGUGAAUUAUUUCUAAAUAAAAACUUUUUCGUUGUCUUUCCA